AUGCGCGCGCUGUUUGCUGCCGCCAAGAAGAAGGCGCCCUGCAUCGUCUUCAUAGACGAGAUUGACGCCAUUGGUGGCAACCGCAAGCACUGGGAGAACCACACCCGCAAGACCCUCAACCAGCUGCUGGUGGAGAUGGACGGCUUCGAGGCCAACGAGGGCGUCAUCGUGAUGGCGGCCACCAACCUGCCAGAGACCCUGGACCCGGCCCUCAAGCGCCCCGGCCGCUUCGACCGCCAGGUGGCCGUCCCCCUGCCGGAUGUGAAGGGGCGGAGCGAGAUCCUGCAGUAUUACAUGAAGGACAAGCCAUUUGCGUCUGACGUGGACCCGGACCUACUGGCGCGCCAGACGAGCGGAUUCAGCGGCGCAGACUUGUCGAACCUGGUCAACGAGGCGGCCCUCCUGGCUGCGCAGCGCGAUGCGACCGCGAUCUCUGCCCCCAUGAUCGACUACGCGUACGACAAGAUCCUAAUGGGUGUGGAGCGCAAGACCGCGGUGCGCUCCCAGGAGGCGCUGCGCCGCACCGCCUACCACGAGAGCGGCCACGCCCUGGUGGCGCUGCUCACGCCCGGGGCCAGCCCCAUACACAAGGCCACCAUCGUGCCGCGCGGCCACGCGCUCGGGAUGGUCACGCAGGCCCCUGGGCCCUGA